AACAAACUUCUACGGUUGUCUGCUCCUUAGUCGUUCUUCGAUCCUUCGCGUUAUUGCCGCGAGAAUCCCUCUUCGGCCCACCAAAUCUCGCCGGGGAUCAUUUCGCCGGCGGCAUGUAAACCCCACCCUCUUACUCAUCCAAUCAAUCUCUACAAUCAAAUAUUCGAUGAAGAAUCCCCUUUCUCGGACGUCAAUGCUGAUCGCAGAGCUCUCAGGAAGCCGCGGGGAGCUCGCAUGCAUGGAGAUUUAUAGUCUUUCGUUUCGCGAGGGAUUCUGAGCUUGUUCAGUGAUAGUAAUCAACGUUGGAAGUGUGAGGUGCGGUGAUGGCUAACGCAGAAGAGUCGAUUGCUCCACCGCAGGAGGUUAGGGUGCAAAGGAAGCUACUAUUAGCGUGCAUGACUUGUCCCCUGUGCCACAAGCUCCUUAGGGAUGCCACCGCCAUAUCGGAAUGCCUCCAUACGUUUUGCAGGAAAUGCAUUUUCGACAAUCUAGCUGAUGAGGAUGCUGAUUGCUGUCCUAUAUGUAACAUUGAUUUGGGCUGCGUUCCAUUAGAGAAGCUAAGGCCUGAUCACAACCUAGAAGAUAUCAGAACAAAGAUUUUCCCCUAUAAAAGGAGAAAGGUUAACGCUCCAGAAGCUUUACCUUUGAUGACAUUGCCUAUUAGAAGAAAGGAAAGAUCACUAUCUUCAUUAGUGGUUGAUACUCCUCGAAUAGGAACUCAAACAGGAUUGCUAGGAAGAAGAACAAAAGCAGCAGCAAGAAAGGCUUCCACAUUACAAGGAUUAAGUCCUUUAACUGAUGAACAUGCCAAGAAAGAUGCUGAUAAUAGUGAGCAUCUUACAGAUAACUCCAGCAAAAUGUCUCAUUGUAGAAGACAGAAUUCUUCAAAUGGGGUAACAUCUAACCAUACACCUAGUAAUGAUAGCCGGAAUAGCAGGGAAAUUUUUGUUGAUAAAUCCAGCCUGCAAACUCAAGUUACUAUUAAGACUGAGAAAACAGUUGGGUUUGCCGAUGAUGGCUACGAACAUAAAGUGAAGGUUCGGUCACAUCCAAGCAAACCUAAAUUUCAAGAUGCCAAGAAUAGCAACGCUUCAGCAUGUUCAGUGGCAGUCAAAGCUAGAAGAAUGCAUGGUGUUAUUCGGAAAAGGAAAGUUCUUAGGCCUUCAGCUCAAGCAGUGCUUGAUGCUGCUGAUGUGGGAUCUGAAAGGCGGAUCAGUCCAAUUUGGCUUUCUUUAGUUUCCUUACAUGAAGGGGAAGGAGAUACAACGUUGCCUCAAAUAUCUGCAUCUUACUUAAGAAUCAGGGAAGGAAAUUUACCUGUUACUUUUCUCCAAAAGUACCUUGUAAAGAAGCUUAAUCUUGCAAGUGAGGCUGAGGUGGAAAUAGCAUGCAGAGGUCAGCCAGUGAAUCCUGCAUUGUCACUGCAGGACCUUACAGAUCAAUGGCUUAGCCAAGGACCAUCACAAAGAAUUCAGGCUUCAGUUGGCACUUCAGCUAAGGAAUUUGUAAUGGUACUGACCUAUAGCCAGAAGCCUAUGCCACCCUAAGCCUUUUCUAAUUUAUUGAUCAUUUUUUAAUUUUUUUAUAGGCAAAAGGUUAGCCUUUCAGGAGAUUUUCAUUAGGGAUUUUCUAAAUUACCCUAUUUUUUUCACCCUUUAAUUAAUGGCUGAAUUCAGCUUGAUGGAGUAGGUCACAAGUAGGAGAAAUUAUUCUAUGCGGACACCGGAUUGUCCGGAGGCCAAUCAGAACGCACCACAUCAUCCAGUACACAGGCCGGUGCACGGCAAACGGGUGAUGUAGCGCAUUCUGAUUCGCCUCCAGAUGACGUUCGUAUCCGCACAGAAUAACUUCACCACAAGUAGGGCUCACCUACAUAUUUAUAGAUUUGCUAAUGUGUUCUAUUCGACCGAGUCGAAUUCUAGCCCAAGAAACACAUUCUUCUUUGAUUUUUUUUUUUUUUUUCAUAAUUUCAUUUACUAGGAUGGAUUUCAUACAAUUAUUAUUAGUUUUUGAAGAACUAAAGCUUAUGUGAUUAAAGACCUGAGCACUGGUGGCUUCCUGUAUAAAUUUAUAAUGCUUCAACAUUGGAACUCUUAUUAUCCCACCACUGUAUGUGAACGCUCAUAUGUAUUCAUAUUUCAUAAUUUAGUGAAAUAUGCUGAUAUUGAUCAAUUCUGUAACCAUGAUUUCUUC